AUUUCAUUGUAAACUGCACUCACACACAGUGAUUGUUUAUAAAUUAUCAUCUUCUUCAUCCUUGCAAAUUCUUCACUCAUGGCAGGUUACAGAUGGAUAAGGCCCGAGGUAUAUCCACUAUUUGCUGCUAUUGGUACUGUUGUUGGAAUAUGUGGCAUGCAACUUGUUAGGAAUAUAUGCACCAAUCCUGAAGUCAGGGUUAACAAAGCUAACAGGAAAGCUGGUGUGCUUGAGAACUAUGCUGAGGGUGAGGGAUAUGCUGAACACAGACUCAGAAAAUUUCUACGCACCAGGCCACCUCAGGUUAUGCCGUCUGUCAACAAGUUCUUCUCUGAUCCUGAUUUGGAAUGAUUGAAUCAAGUUCUUGUUAGAAUAUUUGGUCAAGUUUGAAAUAGUUGAAUGGAAAAAAAGGAUAAACGUGGGAGGUUCUUGCAACUUGUUGAUGAUCUCAACUAUUUUUUGAAUGUAAUAAAAUAUUUCGAUAUACUUUUUGUUGCAUCUACUCAAUGUCGCUUCUGAUGGAAUAUGACAUAUUGUAGCAGCUCUUAAGUUGUAGAUCCAAUGAAAUAAAAUCCUUAGUAUUUUUUUGUUUUUG